UUUUGUUCCCUUCUUCGCAGUGCCACAGCCCACAAGCAACCUUCACCCGCUAUUUCUCCUUGUAAACUCCAAUUCUCUCUCUCUCUGGAAGCAGCAGACGCAGAAAUAGCAAUUGAGUUGUCAAGGAUUAGAAGAAGAAGAAGAAGAAGAAGAAGAAAACCAUGUCGUCCCCGAGCAAACGCAGAGAGAUGGACUUGAUGAAAUUGAUGAUGAGUGAUUACAAGGUAGAGCUGAUCAAUGAUGGGAUGCAAGAAUUCUAUGUUCAUUUCCAUGGACCCAGUGACAGUAAUUAUCCUUACCAUCGGCACCUUCCUUAUUCUCUAGUCUUUUCUGGGGCUGUGUUAAUUUUCGGCUUCAUAUUUGCUGACUCUAUGGGGGAUGAUAUGGAGAUGUGGGAACAACAUAGUUUCAGGUUCCAUUGGCUUUUUUUUGUGGGUUCUUAUAGCCCAAUUGACAAUAAUUAGGCCUCAGAUUGUUCUUGUUGUACUAGGUUUCAGCUGUUCGUUCACCUUUCUUACUGGUGUUUCUUGACCCUUUUGUGGAAAUCCCAGUUUUAUACUGAUAUAUAUGAUAUCCUCUUUUGGUGUAAUGGGUUUAUACUGCAAGGUCCAUACGAUGGUGGAGUGUGGAGAAUUCGAGUCGAGCUGCCGGAUGCUUACCCCUACAAAUCCCCGUCAAUAGGUUUCAUCAACAGGAUCUACCACCCUAAUGUUGAUGAAAUGUGUGGCUCAGUUUGUUUGGAUGUCAUAAAUCAAACUUGGAGCCCCAUGUUUGAUUUGGUGAAUGUGUUUGAAGUGUUUCUUCCACAACUUCUCUUAUAUCCUAACCCAUCGGAUCCGUUGAACGGUGAGGCUGCUGCUCUCAUGAUGCGCGACCGCUCAGCCUAUGAACUCAGAGUUAAAGAAUACUGUCAGAAAUAUGCAAAGCCAGAGGAUGCUGGAGCAACGGCAGAGGAAAAGGAGAGUGAUGAGGAAUUGAGUGAAGAUGAGUACAUGUCCGAUGAUGAGAUGGCUGGGCAAGCUGAUCCUUGAAGCAGAACUCGGCGGCCUGGCCUCUUCUUUGCCCUUACAAUGUUGUAUCAUAUGUAAAUUAUGAUUGUAUAAUUUGGAUUGUUAACUUCAGCUGCACCAUCAAAAGCCUGCUGAUAUCUUUGCCGGGCUUUGAUAUUGUUGUAGAACUGCAGCCCUGAAAUGCUGCUGCUACUGUCAAUUUGUACAUACAUUUCAAUCAUCUUUGUCAAUUGGACAUAUCAAUCUGUGUAUCAUUUGUACAUACAAUAAAAUCCCUGCUAC